AUGGAACACAGUGUUUUAUUCGAGUGGAAUAGUGUUGAUUCUGCUUUACACGUUCCGGCGUUACCACGCGGUGGGAUUCACAAAAUAUGCAUCUACGAUUUCGAUAAUACGCUAUUUAAAUCACCAGCACCAAACCCACACUUGUAUUCAGCAGAGUUAUAUUCGUCACUGUUGAGCCCGCAUGUGUUCAGUAACGGUGGAUGGUGGUCAGAGCCAAGGUUCUUGGAGAUUUUGGUUGACGAAUGGAUAAAGGGUUCUGUCGAUGACUCAGCAUUUUGGAAUAAAGACAUCGUAGACUCCGCUAGAAGGUCCUGGGACGAUAGGGAUAACGGUACGUUGACGAUACUAAUGACAGGAAGAAAGCAGCUGUUGUUCAGCCCUCUUUUUGAAAAGUUACUAAAACAUCCCGUGUUCGGCCGGGAAUUAUUGUUCCAUUCUGCUUUCCUUAAGAGAGCUGGUUACCCAACCACGAUGAAGUAUAAGAUCGCAUGCCUGCGUUCUGUGAUGGAUUUCUACAAGGAAGUGAAUGAGAUUGUGAUAUAUGAUGAUAGGAAACAGCAACUUGAAGGGUUCGAACUUUUCUUUGAGGACUACAAGAGGGAAACUUCUCGUAAUUUCAAUCAUACAUUAAUUGCGGUAAAACCGGUGAUAAAUUAUUUACCUCCAGGAAAGGAGAUUGGUACCGUUGCAAAGAUAUUUAACGAACACAACAAGGAUGUUCGUUCGAAGUUGGAAGGUCUUGAAAUGGUUCAUGGCCCAAUUUGUUCAUUAGGGUUCCAAAUGGACAAUCUUACCUUGGAUGAAGAUUCGAAUACCGUUCGGUAUUUGCUGGAUUGCCGAGAAACACACAAGAUCCGUCAACUGGUUACUCAAAUGUCGCAAGACACCAAUCAAGCGUAUCCGUUCUCACUUCCGAUCAUAGUACCAUUAGGUUCGUUACCUGGGUCCCAAGUGGAAAUGUUCCAAAAUCACAACUCCGUGACACCAGAAGCGUCUACAGAAGAUUUUAGGAAACUGAUUGGUGAUGCUACAUGCUUCUGUCCCAACAAAGUCAUAGACUGGUCCAUCCGUGAAGCAAUCUCUUUGGAAUCAUCAAGAUUGGCAUUUUCCGUCGGCUCGACCCAACAACCGGGAACCCAUAUAUUGUUCACUUCGGACUACUCAGAUGAAGAUAUGCAAAGUGUGAUGGACCACAUCAACAACAGGGGGUCUCUUGCUGAAAUAAACCACUCACUACCCAGUUUCUCAGCAAUAGCUAUUCCAAAAUACCAUUAUCUGGCAAAGACAGCAUGCGACGUUGAAUAA